AUGGAGGAAUGGGAGAAAAAACAGGAGGCUGUGAAACAAGUUCAGGAGCUUGCUGAUCAAAUCGCUCAAGCAACGGGAAUUGAAGGAAUAUUAGCUCCAGAAGUCAAUUUGCUGACUCGAAAAUUAGCAGAAGCCAAAGAGAUCAUAUCUCCUCCUCCUGUCGAACCAGCUGUAAAAUUAAGAACCCAGCUGAUAGAAGCAAUACAGGAGAAGUUGGACAGAGUCCCUGAAGGUAGUACUACAGAACAACUUAUUUCCCUGAGGAACAGCCUGUUAGAUCUGGGCAAGGCUGAUGCUCAACUCUCCAGUAUUGCCAGUAGUUCAGCGCCUGACGUUCCUCUAAAUGACCUCUUACAGUUGUGGGAGAAAGCAUACCGCCAGACUUUUAAAAAUUACCAUCAACUCUCAUCUCAGUUCGCGAAGACUGAAGAUUUCACAACCGUUGUAAAUCUUUGGAAAGAUUAUUUGAUUCAUGUUAGGCAUUUCCUGGACUCCGAAUUACCGCAGCACUAUCAUGAACUUCAUGAACACAAUCACCUGUGCCAGGUUCACUACACAGUGCUUAGCAGUCAAAAAUCAUUACUGCCGGCCGAGAGCUCUGCCCUCGAUCAGAACACAGUUCAACAGCUCAAUCUCUUGACAAAUAUGCACAAUGAAACUUUGGCGAGCAUCAUGGAAAAACAAAAGCAGAUUGAAAGUAGAAUUACUGUUUGGGACAAGUAUCGACAGGACCAAACAAAUCUAAUGGAUUGGUUGAAAAAUAUGGAGAAAGAAAGAAACCAACUAAAACUGAGAUACAUUCAUUCCGAAACCAUAGCAAAAACAAUUGCGAAAAUAGAGGAACUUUUAAUGCGUAUUGCUGAGGGAGAAUGCUUGGAAAUGUCUUUAAAAGAACAACUUCUCACUAUAAUUCCUUUCUGUGAUGAAUCUGUGUCAUCAUCUCUCCAGAUUGAACAAGCUUCUCUUAGCCAUCGUCUGUCAAAUCUCCAUGCUGCACUUUUGACUUGGAAAGAUUAUCUGGAAAAAGUAAAGAGUAAUAUCGAUUUGUACGAAAAGCAUGUUCAAAGUGUAGAAAAUUCAAUAGAUAAGAUACAAAACAUUCUAAUAAAAGAAAACAAAUUUAAUGUAGAUAGUGAAGAUCCGAAACAUUUGGAAAAUAAAUUGCAAACAAUCAUGACUGUUUCAAAUAAUGUAAGAGAACUGUCAAAAGAAGUCGAAUCUCUUGAAGACGCGAUGGACCUCUUGAAAGACUGCCUCAGCCCGACUGACCUUAAAACUAUGACGCAGAGAUGUUGGUUACUCUCGCAACAACAAAAUGAAUUCGAACAUCAACUCACGAUCGCCGAACAUGUCAUUAAUGACAAAUUACAAAUUUCCAAAGUAUAUGAUCAGAGGGCAUUGAGAUUUUUAAGUUGGUUGUCCUCAAUGAAUCAUAAGCUUUCCACUCUUCCUAACGAUGCUGCUUCUGCUCUUUCUGUCGUCGAGAGGGAAAUUCGAGCUGAGGGUAUUCCAAAACUCGCUGAAGAAAUGGAUGAUCUUCGAGUAUGGAUCCAUGAAAUGGAAACCAAACUCUCUACACCCAUCGUGCUCAAACAGGCCAGCAAAAAGUUCAUCAAUAGCAAAAUAAAGGAACAUAAGGCAAUACAGGAUGACAUAGAGAACAAGAGUACUAAAGUUAAAGACAUACUAAAGUUGUGUGAAUCUUUGUUAACUGAUUGUGAAUCGUGUAAUAUAACACUAGACGUGGAAGCAAUAACCUUAGCUAUGGCCAGUUUGGAAAGCAGAUGGAAGAAUAUUAGUUCGCUUUCUUCUCAAAGAAAAUUAUCCCUUGAAAAUCUGAUUGCUGUUCUUGAAAAAGCACAGAAGUUAGCCGAAGAACAAAAAGUAUGGCUGAAGGAAUUGGACACUAAAAUUGGAAAUUCAGAAAAACAAUUAAAAUCUGCAAACCUAGCCAUGCUGCCUGAUAUGGAAGAGAAUAUUACCAAACUAGUCACAGAUUUGAACAGUGGUAAUUCUGGUGGACUUAGUAAUGUCGAUGCUAUGUAUCUUUCAUUGCACUCGGAGUACAAGUUGCCUGAAGAAAUUUUGAAAGUUCCUGAAAAUCUCUUGAAAAAAUGGGAAGAGCUUAGACAUCGAGCAAAUGAAUUAUCUGCAGAAAUCAGAACGAGGGGAACUGACAGAGAACAGUGGACAAGAUCUGCCGCCAAAGCGGUUGCUGCUAUGGCUAAAGUCGAUGCUCUCCUUACACUAGCUGAAGUUCAAGAAUCACACGAAAUUGAGUUUGAAGACCAGUCUGUCGAGGUUAACACCUUGAGGUUUGAAACAGACCAAAGUACACAGGUUGACACCCUUGGUUGGUCACCACCGAUCGCAAGAAAAGGAGCGUUUUCUGAAGAAUUAAUAAAGACAACAGAAGAGCUUGAAAUCUUGCUCACAAACGAAACCCUGAUCGACCAAUGCUCAGCUAGUAAAGAAGAAGCUUUGGUUGACCGAAUUAAAUAUCUCGGAGAAAGGUUCGAUUUUCUGAGGGUUAGCGCUCUCAAGAAACAGAACCAACUACGAGAGACCAGUGCUAGAGGGCGGUUGACAUGUCCUCUGUGCUCAAAUAAAAAUUGGCAGCAGUUGGAUAACGACCUAUGGAGGUUGGAGCAGUGGCUUCAAUACGCCGAAGGUUCAUUGUCGUCGCAGCCGUCCAAUCCUCCAUCCUCUAUUGAGCAAUUAGAAGAUGUCAUUCAAGAUCAAAGAGAAUUAUUACUGGAUUUGGAUUCUCAUAGAAGUCUUGUUGUCUCGAUGAACAUCGUUGGUACUCAUCUUGCAGAACAUACAGAAGACGAAGCCAGAGCUAAAGAAUUACGGAACCGUUUGAUGGCGGCCAAUAAACAGUGGGAACUAGUUUGCGAAUUAGCAACAGCUUGGCAAGCUAAAUUACAAACUGCUUUAAUGCAGAAUCAUGAAUUCCAUGAUACAAUGGCCGAAUUAACCGAAUGGCUUGAAAAAACAGAAACCAGUAUUAGGCAAGCUGAACCAAUUGAUCUUACUGAUCCGACUCAGAUCAUCCAAGCCAAAUAUACCAAGUUCAAGGAAAUGCACGAGGAGGUGGAGAGAUGCGAGGCUCGGGUGAGAUCACUCGAGGAAGCAGCAAGACAAGUUUUGUCCGACGAGGAUAGAGCGAUCGAAAGGCUUGGAAGGCUGAGGCUUCGACUGAUUUCCUUGUCUCGUCUUAUUUCAAGUUAUAUUAACAGUCUUUCAGCAACUCUUGGUCAACAUCCACCGGCUGACUUGUCGCCACUAAACCUUUCGCAACAGCUCUUGGACAAUGCUUCUCUUGGAAAUGAGCAUCCUACAAGUGGAGACGAGGUUGACACAUCGACCCUGGUGAGGUGCCACAGGUUCCUCGGUAGAGUCAUGCGUGCCUCGUUGCCAAUAAGUGCCUUCCUUCUUCUUCUGCUCGGAGCAGCCUCUUUCAUACCCGUCGUAGAACAAGACUUCACUUGUGCCAAUUCUUUCUUAUAUAACAUGGCCCCUGUCCUUAGAUAUCCAAACGGUCGACCACCGACUUAGAUAUUGUUAAUAAUGUUUUAUCCUUUUUUUUUGUAACUAUGUAUAAAUGUGUAUAUUUUUUUGGCCUUUGAAUAAUUAAUAUAGAGUAAUAUAUUAUCCUCUAAGCUCGUAUAUAUAUUGUUUAAAUCAUACCACAGUCAUUUUAUGAACCGUGCCAUUAAAUGAAAAAAAAAAAUGUUUUCCUGUGAUGUGGUUUGAGUUAAGAAAUUUUAUAAUAAUGUUGAAUAUAUUGAAAAUUAGCUUUAAGCAUUUAUAAAAGUGCCUAUAUUUAUAAUAGUUUAUAUAUUAGUUAUUAAUAUAAAUUAAUUUAUAAAAUUAUAUUAUUUAUAAUGGAUAUAAAAUUGUUUAAAAAAUAGUUUUAUAUUAUUUAUUUAACCCCAAUACCCAAUAAUUUUUAUGUGCAUGCAUUCCUCAAAUAGAACUAUACCAUUUUUUUUAUAACCUUCGAUAGAAAUUUAUUAUUUUUACAGAGGUAAAUAUAAAUCAAUUAUGUAUGGAUAUUGACAUAAACAAAAGAAAUAUAAAAAAUCUGGUGUGUCCACUCAUACGACUUUCCUACCUAUUUCAGAAAAGUUUUUACAUCUUUUCAUAUGUCCAUCAAGAAACAAAAAAAAAAAUUAAUUAGAUUUAUCUUCCUCAAAAU